CUCCCACGUGUGGCUGUGGCCAUCCAAUAGCCCAGUCGACCUUAUCCAGACCGACUUCGUACUUUCCCUUUAGCCUCUUCUAUCGAUCCCAACGGCAUGAUGUUAUCGGCGGUAGCUCAGCCGGCGGUAAAUCGUAUUCUCGAAUCUCCGCCAUCUUCAUUUUCUUAUCAGAAACUGCUUCCAAACAAAGUUGAGUUCUCCGCACGCCUACGAGGGUCCCAAUCUCAACUAUCCGUUGCUCUCUCGAGAAAGCUCAGCGUCUCCGCAUUUUCCGCAGCAGCUGUGGAUUCCUUAUCCGGAGGAAGCGUAGCGAUUGACUUACAAUCUCCAACUCCCUCCCUUCAGAAAGAGAAGCUUGGAGUUGUGGUAAAGCCAAUGGAGAAACCUAGAUUAGUACUAAAGUUCAUAUGGAUGGAGAAGAACAUUGGGAUUGCGCUUGACCAAUUGAUACCCGGGCAUGGCACCGUCCCUUUAAGUCCUUACUAUUUUUGGCCAAGGAAAGAUGCUUGGGAAGAGCUGAAGGUGAUGCUAGAGAGCAAGCCUUGGGUUUCCCAGAAGCAGAUGAUUCUUCUUCUAAAUCAGGCCACUGAUAUAAUCAAUCUAUGGCAACAGAGUGGUGGCAAUUUGGUGUAGCCUUUUCUUUUAUGGUGCUACUAGGUGCUAUCUAUUCACUUGUAACAUUGCCUUGCUCUGCUUCUUUUGGUUUAGAUUAUUAUUAUGCUUUUACAAUUCUGCUCAAUCUGACAUUUUAGUAAUUUCUUGUACAUUUUUUACUGAACUGCUUUUUUUUAGUGCCCAACUUAUUUUCAUCAAAGUUUCAUAGUUCAUCCUCAGAUUUAGCUGUUGUAUUAGCAUCACACUUUACUUUUUAGUGGUAUCAAGCUGUUAGUAUUGUAUUCAACUUGUAUCUUCUCCUUACUUGAGUUAUGCUAAGAAACACAAAAGAAGGUUUGAGAGUUUUGGGUCUCAACAAAACCCCCAAUCUCUUACACAGUUACACGUUCUUUGUUAGAGAGGUAGCAAAGUGAAGUGCUAUGUUCCAAGAACCCCAUUGGGCCAUUUCCCAUGCCAUUUCAUGAUGUGAAUAGCUUAAUACACUUGUACUUUGCGCUUAAGUAAUCGUAAAUCUGUCUACCUUCAUAUCGCCAUUAAGAAAUGCUGUUUAUCUUCCCGUUAGUAAUGCCUUACCCAUAGAAAUCUUUUAAUCACGUCUGCCUUUCUUUUCUACAUCACUGAACCCAUUUCACUGGCUUAGUGAACUUAGCCGCUGAGGACCCAGUUCGUCCGCAGAAGAUUGCCGUAUUCGCCCCCUUUGUCUUGAUUAGUUGAUUUUAAUGGUUAUUGCAUAUAAGAAGGUAAUUUAACUUCAUAUACGCCUGAAAAUCGCUCAUGGCCCUACGUUUUUCAACCCCCGUUACAACUUAAGUUAUGUAAAUCAAAGAAGCCUUCUCACCUUCACUCGUCCCAUUAUUUUAUGAGUUUGUAAUCGUUUGCUUUUGAGUUGAUUUGUAAUUGUAUUUUAGCAUUCAUUUGUAAGUUGUAAGUAGUGGUAAGCUUGGUUAUGUUGUAAAAGGAAAGCUUUGGACUCAAGGAAUCUGUCUAGGUGACAUACCCAAUUGGGUAUGAUCUUUACCCGGUCCGAUAUGAGAUGAUUUUGGAAGCUGCUGCGAAAUUGCACCUAUACCCGGUCGGGUAUCCACCUACACCCAGCCGAGUAUGACUUGACCUCAAACACUUGAACGUGCUGAAAACACAAUUACGUGUAAGGUUUUGCAAAACCAAUGUAUAUACGGUCAGGUAUCACCUAUUCGGUUGAAUAUCCGGCUCAGUUUGCUUGAAAGACCUAUAAAUAGCAACUUUUUCAUUCACAUUUGAUAUCUCUUCUUCCAUAUACUUAUGUUCAUGUUAGAAUAGAGUUUUCUUUAUAUUUUAUAGCAUGUUUAGUCUCCAAAUGAGGAACUAAACUUCCACAUCUUAGUUUUACCCUUGAAGCUUGUUCAAUGUUAAAGUUAUGACUUAUGAGUUAUUUUUUUAACUUCUUCCCUUGAAUAUUAAUUUUUCCCUUAUUCUAUCUCUAUAUUAAUGUUGAGUACUGCUAAGUAAUGAUUAGUUAAUACUUUGACAUUAAUUACUACUAGAAAUCAUCAACGAUGGUUAAUCAUUGAUGAUUUAAUAACCAAGUAAAUUAGGGUUAUUAAUGCAUGGUCCCAUGGUUAGUAAUCUUAAGACUUAAGAGGAAUUAAUUGUGUUGAUUAAAUCGAAAUCGUUGUGUUGAAGUUAUUAAUCUUAAUCGAUUUCAUCAAGGGGCAUUAUGAAUGUACAAUACAAAUAAAAAAUAUCAUUAUAAGAUCAAAAUUAUAUUUUGAAAUAUUAUGAGAGUAUUCAAAAUGCUUAAUACGAAGUAAGUAUUAUCAUCAGUUGAUUAUUAUAAAUAGUAUCUACCUUUUAUUAUACGUACUACCUCUGUCCCGGAAUUAUCUCCUUAUUUGACUGGGCACAGGUUUUAAGAUAGUGGGAAAUGUGUGGUGGAGAGUUGUGCAGAGGAAAUAGAAAUGUGUAAGAAUGGUUGUGAAUCACAAAUUCUUUGCCAAAAAAGGAAAGAGAAGAUAAAUUUGGGACGGACCAAAAAGGAAAGAAUAAUGAAGAUAAUUCCGGGACGGAGGGAGUAGUAGUUUUCAAUAAAUUUAGGGAAAAUGAAAAUUAAUAAUCCAAUCUUUUAGCGGUCUUUUUACAAUAAUUCCACAUUAUCGUAAUUCAAGAAUAAUCCAACUUUUGCAUCCCAUUUUCAUUCGUUGGUCCCUGACCGGUUGAUGACCUACUAUUUCGGGUUUUUUUUAUUUUCUUUGCAAAUCAUUCAACCAUAAGUUCCACCUAGCUUCUACAAAUCUUCUCGAAACGGUCCCACAUAUGAUUUUUGCUUUUUCUUCCUAAUUUUUUUCUUUCCUUUUUAUGUAUUCCUAUUCGUUAUAGUCUCUUUUUAUAAUUUUUCCGGGCUACUUGUUUAUAUUUUUUCUUUGAAUAUUUUAGAAAAGAGAAAAAUAUAGGGGGCAUUCCUCAAAUUGUAUUUAAUGAAACUUUAAUUGCAAGAAUAUGAGUAUAAUUUUAAAAUUACUUAAAUAGAACUAGCCUCCCAAUUCUAUCCUUGCUUUGUUUAGUGCAAUUCAUAUUUCAUUAAUAAUUAAAACAUAAAAGCAAUAACAUAACCUUUUUCAUAAUGAAAAUUAAAUGUAGAAAAAUAAAAAUAAAAUAAAAUAAAUUUAAAAAAAAAACUAAUAAAACUAAAACAUUACAAAAUUGAAAUUUAUAAAAUUAAAAACCAAAAACUAAAAAUAAAAAACAUAAAAAAAGUAAAAACAAAUAUGCAAGCAUUUGCUGCCGCUUCAACCAUCUCCCAACACCAUGAUCUUCGAC